AUCACUGUAAAAGACAUUGAAGACUUUGAAAAGAGCUAUAAAGAUUCAGAAGAAGAGCUAGCUGAUAUUAAAGCGGCAUAUAUGGAUUUUGAGGGUGACAUGGACAGAAUAAUGGAGUCUGUGUUGUGUGCGGACUAUACAGAUGAACCAAGAAUACGGAAAAUCAUAGAAAAAGCCAUCGAUUCUGGAGAAGUCCCAUCUUACCAAUGUUUUGUAAAAGAGUCUAAGCAGAAAAUGAUCGCAAGAAAAAGGCGGGCAGAAAAAGAAGCUAGAGAAGCAGAAAAGACUAAGGAUGAACUGGGCCUUGGUGGAGAAGAUGACUUGAAAGCGCUGAUUCAAAGCAGAAAUAAAGAUCGAAAGAAGGAAAUGGAUGACUUUUUGGCCCAACUGGAAGCAAAAUAUGGGAAUAAUGCUAAAAAAGGAGGAAAGAAGACUGUGGCCAAGAAAGGAAAGAAAUAA